CUUGCGGAAUUUUUUAGCAACACUUUGCCUCAAAUCACCUGUCAAAAAAUAAAAACAUCUGAGAAUUUUGUGAAUUUUUUUCACCGUGAAAAUGUCGGCAUUAGUGCUAUUUAGUAGUGCUCAAAUUGCACGACAAAAUGCCGGGAGCCUUGGGGUACUCUGCACUAAGGCACACUACUCCACGGAUGCACCACGAGCCCUCCGAACGACGGAUCUCGCCGCCAUGAAGCGUGGCACUGGCGGCAGAUCGAGCUUCAACGGAAUGGUGGCAACUGUGUUUGGAUGCACGGGCUUCAUGGGGCGCUAUGUGUGCAAUAAAUUGGGUAAAAUUGGCACACAAAUGAUCCUCCCAUACCGUGGUGAUCACUACGAUGCCAUCCGUUUGAAGGUAACCGGUGAUUUGGGGCAGGUUCUCUUCCAAUUCUACCACCUUGAGGAUGAGGAGUCCAUCCGGAAGGCCGUGCGACACUCGAAUGUCGUAAUAAAUCUCGUGGGGCGCGACUGGGAGACGAACAAUUUCCACUUCAACGAUGUUCACGUUGAGGGGGCACGACGUCUCGCAAGGAUUUCCCGGGAAAUGGGCGUGGAGAGAUUCAUUCAUGUUUCAGCCCUCAAUGCUAGCCCCCAUCCUGAGCCACUAAUCCUCAAGGAGGGCAGUAAAUUCCUCAAGAGUAAGUACUACGGGGAAUUGGCGGUGCGGGAUGCAUUCCCCGAGGCAACAAUCUUCCGACCAGCUGAUAUCUACGGGCAAGAGGAUAGAUUCCUUCGGUACUAUGCUCACGUGUGGCGAAGGCAACUCCGAUGGAUGCCACUGUGGCACAAAGGUGAGAAGACCAUCAAACAGCCCGUCUUCUGCUCGGAUCUAGCUCAGGGGAUUGUCAAUGCAGCCAAGGAUCCGGAUUCAGCUGGGAAAGUCUACCAAGCUGUUGGUCCUCGUCGGUACUAUUUGUCAGAACUUGUUGAUUGGUUCCAUCGUGUUAUGCGCAAGGAUGCAAAUAUGUGGGGAUACGUACGCUACGAUAUGCGCUGGGAUCCAUCAUUUAUGCUAAAAGUGCGUCUCACGGAGACCAUUUGCCCAUCCUUUAAGGUUGCUGACCUGCAUACGGAGCGCGUUGAGCGGGAAUAUGUGACGGAUGUGGUGCUCCCAUCGAUUGCCACCCUUGAGGAUUUGGGGGUAACGCUGACGAAGAUGGAGGAUCAAAUCCCAUGGGAAUUGCGCCCAUAUCGUGCAGCACAGUACUAUGAUGCUGAAUUGGAUGAAUUUGAGAAACCAGCACCGCCAAAUUACAUCGGAGCCGCUGCAAGAGUUUGAGGAGGAGGAGGAACAAUGAAGGAGGCGCAAUUUGGAGACGAUUUAUUUGUUUUAUUGAUAAAACCUCUGCUGAUGUGCCAGAGCACGGCACGAGCUCUGAAAUGUGAGAGGGAUAUAGCGCGGAAUAGAUCAAGUUAAAUUA